AAGUUGUAGGGCUUGAUCUUUGCCAACAUGUCAAAGAUUUCAGGCUAGGUCAUACUUCAACUUUCUUAUGCUUAAAUCUUUAUUUAUUACAAGGGCAACUGGUUUUUCUUCAUGAAAGCCAUUUAUGAUGUUGGGAGCAAAAUCUGGAAAACCAAAGGGGAGGAGCAAGAGGUUGCCAAGAAGGAAUUCAUCGAAUGCUUUAAGGUACUGGAAGCAGAGCUUGGAGACAAGCAUUACUUCGGUGGAUCAAACCUGGGAUAUGUUGAUGUUGUCUUGAUCCCACUCUAUAGCUGGUUCCAUGCCUAUGAGCAGUGUGGAAACUUCAGCAUUGAGGCAGAGUGUCCCAAGAUAGUUACAUGGGCUAAGAGGUGCAUGUGGAAGGAGAGUGUUUCCAAAUCUCUUCCUGACCAGGAAAAGGUGUACGGAUUCGUUUUGCAGAUGAGGAAGAGGUUUGGGAUUGAGUAAAAUGGGAUGACAAGUAGUCGAAUUGUGGCUUUUUCUUUUCUGUGUUUCUGUUGGCCAAUAAAAAGGGCACUUAGUUCAGUUAGUUGUGUCUCUGUGGCUGUUUGGAUUGCACUGCUGUUUUUGCGUCUCUGAUGUGUGGGUCCUUGGAUGUGCCCAUUGUUGUGUUGGAUCUUUUGUUCAAGUUAUUAUUACUACUAUUAUUAUUUUUUGGUAUAAAUUGUUUAAGCUAUU